AAUUCAAUCCAGCAAUGGUGACGAAGAAGAGAUCUGCAGCAGCAGCAGGAGAAGACGCCCGAUGCCUGACGCUGCAGCUAGUGAUGGAAAAAGGUCCGCUCGGGGGUCAGAUCAGGGGCUACAAGCCCGGAACUUUGGUCAAAAUUGGCCGGAUUGCUCGAGGCAAUACGCUCGCAAUCAAAGACGCCGGAAUAUCCUCCAAACACCUCCGCAUCCAGGUUGAACCCGCCCGGGACGGAGGACGCCAUUGCUGGACUGUAACUGACUUAGGGUCUUCGAACGGGACGUUCCUGAACGGCGCACAGCUGGAGGAGUCGGAGCCUGCUGUUAUCGCGGACGGUGAUGUCAUAAAAAUGGGUGAGUUGACUUCGAUUAGAGUUAAAUUCGAAGCGAAUGUGGAAGAGAGUAGGUUUAAUUCUAGAAAUGUGAGGAGGAACGCGAAGCGUAGGAUGGGUGCGGUUGGGGAAGAAUUAGGGAUAAUUGAUGAGAACUCUGAGUCAGGGUUAGGGGAGGGUAAUUGCACAGAAAAUAUAACCAAUUUGGUUCCUGAAUCCAUAAACAAAAAGGAUGAAAAUUUGGGGGCAUUAGUUAAAGAAAAUGUGGGAGGAAGAAGAACACGGGGAUCUGCAACGGCUAAAUCAAAAAAUGUGGGCGAAAUUCAUGUGAAAGUAGAGAGUUUGGAGAAUGUAAGUUGGAGGAGGACUAGAAGUUCAAAGAAGGAAGACAAUUUGAGGAGUUUGAUGCACGAGGUUGAUGAAGGUAAUGAAAUUUCUGUAGCUGAGGUUAUCCAAGGGAGGAAUGUGAACCUGGGAGGGACUAGGACUUGUAAGAACAAUUUGAGUAUGUCUGAGGAUUCAAAUGCUGCAGAAGGGGACAAAGAUUUGGGGCUGAAUGAGCUGGAUGAAGAUAAUGAAAUAUCUGCUGCCAUGGCAGAGAUAGAGGUUGAGCAAGGGAGGAAUUUGAGGAGUUCCAAGAAUGAGGAUUUAGAGCCCAAUGAGGCUAAAGGCGUGCAAAGAGCGUGCAUGAGGAGUACAAGGAGUUCGAGAAAGGAAGGAGUUGUUAUAAGUGAAGUUGGAAUUGAUUUGAGUGUUAAUGAUGAUAAAAGGAUGAGGAAGGGUCCGAGAGGGAGAAGGAAGUUGCCUGCCCGAAUUCCUGAGGAGAAAGAAGAAGAGAAUUUGGAGAAUAUGUUAUGUGAAGAAGAGGAAAGGGAAACAGAAGCUGCUGGUGUUGAUGAGUUGGCAGAGCCAGGGGGAGAAGGUGUUUCGGGGUUGGCUAGCUCAUCUGGGAUCAAGAAAGAUGUCGCUGGUGUUGGGAAUGGGGAGGAGGCUGUAAUUCCACUUCCGGAUUUGGAGAAGAUGACAAUGGGGGAGUGGUUCGAUUUUCUUGAAGUGUUUCUUCCUAAGCAGAUUAUUGAUGCAACAGAGGCCAUGGUUUCUGAGAUGAAGUGGAAGGCGAAGAGAUUGAAUGAGUAUAUGAUGAAGAAGAAGAAAUCUUAAGGCAGCGACCUGGCAACAAAUUUGUAAGUGUUUUGGAAAUUCAAAACUGCAUUAUGCUGACAGUUUUGUUUUGCUAUGUGAUUCAAGAGUUUAGAUCACUUAGAAGUUUGCUACUAGAACAUUAGAUCGAAUGCUAUUUGCAUAUAAUACUGUGGAAUCCAAUAGAAAGAUGCUUGGCAUUUUGUUUACAUUCAUUGAUUUCUACUAUAGUUGUUAGAUGCUGUAAUGCUGUAAGUAUUUGAGUUCGAAUCUGG